AUGCCCUUCCAACCAGACACCGCCCGCCCAAACUCCCCGCUCCUAAGCCGACACCCCACCACGGCACCCUCCUCGGACAAUGAAGAUGACGACUUCACCCAUCACCAUGACGAUCCCCGCAGUCGCAAAACCCACCACUCACUUCUCCAGCCAUCAUCACACGCAGGCCCGUCCGGGCUCCUGCGCUCCCGAUCCCCUUCCCCCUCGCCAUAUAUAAUCUCCGGCGAAGCCCGCAAGCGGUAUACGUUAGCCUCCAUAUUCCUUUUCGCGUCGCUCGUGUCAUUUACCGUGCAGACUGAGCUCGCCGCGCAUAUCCAGCAUGUGCUAGGGUGGGACAAGGCAUAUUGCAUGCUGUACAUGACGCAUAGUUCGUGGACGUUGCUGUGGCCGUUGCAGGGGUUAGUACUUUGGUUGAUGUCCUCUGGUUCGGGAGGGACGGCCGGCGCAAGCGGGGUGAUACGACCGGGCGGCGGUCGUACCGUGGGGGCGGGCGUCGUGGGGAGGAGGAAGAAGUGGGGGUUGUUUUGGCGGGAGCAGGUGCGAGAGGUGAGGAGGAUGGCUGUUUUGAUACAGAAUAAGGGGGGAGCGACGGCAAGAAGGGGGACUGCUGUCGUGCAGCAGAAUCCAUGGGCAUAUCUGGCUGUUACGACGGUUGGUGUGACGACAGCAUUAACAGUUGCGGGUUUGAGUUGGUACCUUGCUGUUAGCAUGACAACCCCUAGCGACCUGACGGCCAUCUACAACUGCAGCGCGUUCUUCGCGUAUGCGUUCUCUGUCCCGUUGCUGAAGGAGCGGUUACGGCUGGACAAGAUGCUCGCUGUGGCAGUCGCCAUCACUGGCGUGCUGGUCGUCGCCUACGGACCGAGCACUUCAUCCGACACUUCCUCAACCGCCGGCAACUUUACAAGCACCACCCCUGACCCGGCAACACGCCUAGCAGGCAACCUAAUCAUCGGCGCCGGCUCCGUCCUUUACGGCCUUUACGAAGUCCUCUACAAACGCUUCGCCUGUCCUCCCGAUGGCGCAGUGUCCUCCACGCGAGGCGUGCAGUUCGCGAACGCCUUUGCCAGCAUGGCCGGGCUCUUUACCCUGCUCGUGCUUUGGAUCCCCCUCCCAAUCCUGCACAUCCUAGGCUGGGAGGAAUUCGAACUACCCACGGGAAAGACAGCCUGGCUGUUGUUCUUAAGCAUCCUGAUGAACAUGAUGUUUUCUGGGUCGUUCUUGGUACUGAUUUCGUUAACAAGCCCCGUACUGAGCUCGGUCGCGGCGUUGUUGACGAUUUUUAUUGUGGCUAUUGUGGAUUGCCUUUGGGCAGGCACGCCGUUGAGUGCAGCGGCUGUUGUAGGUGGGUUGUUGAUCAUUGCUGCGUUUGGGAUGUUGAGCUGGAGUACGUGGAAGGAAAUGAGUGAGGAAGAGAGGAAGAAGAGCGUAGAUUUGAGUGGGGAUGAGGAUAACUAG